AACAACUUCCAUAUUGAUACAGAAACAAUCAAGUUUCUCUGGACAUCAUAAAAGCCCUUAUUCAAUCUUGCCAUAGAGAUUUGAACCUAUUUUCGAAGUAUGUUGUAGACAUCCUGGAGAUGAUUCUUGGCACCAGAGAUUUAGACCUGAUCGACAUUGCCUGCGGAACAUUUGUUACUUUCUGCACAUAUCAUGAUGGUAGUACUCUGGUUGUCGAUGCUGAAUUUACCGCCAAGUAUGAAAAUUUAGUACGCAAGUUUGCUCAAUUCUGUCAGUAUGAAAAUGGUGACGAAUCCUUGAAACUCAACCUUCGGUAUAUCGGCCAUCGCGGUGUACAAGGGGCCGUCACCAGUGAAGCGCUCCAUGCAGCAGAUUUCAAUAGUCAAUUAUCAAUUAUGCUUCCUCCUAUCCUUGAGAGUUUAUCGGCAACUCAAAUUCCAUUGACCCGCUUAGCCGACAAUGAAGAAGGAUCUGUAGACAUUCGCCAUUCUGCUUUGAAUAGGAAGUUGACUGAACUGGAUGUCGUGACACUUGCUUUACAAACUCUGCAGCACUUGUUCCGAGCCAUUCGUGGUGCGAGCGUUCGUCAGGCCCUCGUUCCAUAUUUUGAGUUUUUGGACAAGAAUGGGUGCUGGUGGCCUACCACAUUUGCUGUUAGCGUAACCGAAAUCAUGUUACAAGCUCUGCAGCCUCAAUAUCGUUACAUUCUGGUUUCCGAGCUUUUACAGUACCUCGACAACGUUCCAGUCGAAAAUCAAAAUGCUACCGAAAAGCAGGCUUGCAUUGUAUCGAUGUUACAUUCAACGUUGAAUUCAGAUCUACCAUUGGUUGGAAUAUCCGUCAUGGAGGUGUUGAAUACAGCAUUUAAUUAUCUAGUCAAAAGCAUCAAGUAUCGACCCGACAGUCAUAUCAUCCCCAGCAAAGCAGACGAAAGCGGCCAAUACAAUUAUGCAGUUUAUAAUGGAUUGACCCAUUCUAUAUCGGGUCUGGCCAAGCACAUCUAUUAUGCUAACCAAGUCAAUGACAUAAUUGGCUACCUCGUAGCCAAAUUACGGCCACAGACAUCUCUCAAGGACGUUGAUGGCAUAGCCAUCGGAAGAUACAGACAAUGCCUCCUCCAAUGUCUUACUCUAGUCAUCGAAAAAUGCUCAAAGGAGCUCGAUCAUUCUGCGACAAAACCACUUAUAUCUUUGGAUGUCCUAGUCCCCGCUCUUGGCUUGCUCAGCGACGAAGAAGAAGAUACUAGACGGCAUUUUUCCAAUGCUGUUGGAGUCUUUAUCAAGCGUUGUGCUUCAUGGUCCGGCGAACAGCCUGCUCUGCGUACACCUUCGACUCGUACCUUGAUUAGUUCUAAUAAGAGCAAAGAGCAAAGCGAAUCGAUGUUUAUUAGCAGUGUUCACUCUGCCGUUGUGGAAUGGAUCCAAGUACCUAACCUUACUCCACGCGACAUUGUUUGCACCUUUCAAGUGAUGCGGGCUUUGUCAGCCAACUUCGGUGCAAAUGCGACCAUCCGUGGUCUUCCUCUCAUAUUCAAGCUACAGAGUCUUGCUCAAGAUGAUUUCAUUCAGGAUAUACCAAGACAGCGACCAGUUGCUCAAGUGACUGUGAUGUGGGUUGAAGAAAUCAGCAGACUCCAUAGCAUAGACAACUUGCCGAAAUAUUCACAAAAAGUCAAAGAGGCAAAGAUUAGAGAUGGUGAAUGGUCUCAUAAAUUGGACGACCAAGCUGUAUCUGGAAAGAAGGAAGUACCGACUACACUCGCUGCUCUGAACGACGAAGAAAAGUUUGCUUUGAAUGCUGUAAACCACUGGUUGGAUCGACACAGUGUUGUAGCUGAUCUUAUGAAGAGUCCAGUAUUGCGUGGAUCCAAUGACUCUCAUGGUCUGGACCUGGAGAGCAAAUUGUACGCUGAAUGGAAUACCAUCAAUUUAUUGAAUGAAAAAUCAUAUCGUGUGCAGAAUACUCGAGAACUUGACAUGAAGCCCCGAUUAGCCACUUCUUUGAAUGUCAAAAUUGAUGCUGACCAAAACGGAGUUCCUCGCCCACAUGUCAAUGUUGAAAACUUGAGAGAUGCUUUGAGUAUGUAGAGCAUUAGCUCCUAUAUCAGACAAUGUAUUACUGGAUCGUUGUAUACUCACUUUUUACCUAUUCGCUAGCUCAUCAACUGGACUCUAGCGAUCAUGAAAACGAUUCUGUUAACAGUGUACCACUGGCCAACAUUGGCAAACGA